AUGGGCAGCACAUCCGCCGCUCACAAAAUACUGCAGUCGGCGCACGUCGCCCCCGAAAUCUACAAGCUACGACCCGACUACCGCGCCCUGCUCAUGGUCGUCGAGGGCAUCCCCCCCGGCCCCAGCGACGACAGCAGCGAGGCCCUCCUCCUCGAAGCCGAAGCCUCGGCCAAGCACCUGCUGGCCGAGCACGCCGUCACCGAGGUCCCGCACAUCGCCGCAUGGCGCGAAACGUACAGGGCCUUUGGGGCGAAGCCGCAAAAGACGCGCAACAGCCUCGAGGCGCUCACCCGCCGCGCCGCAGCGGCCGGUGGCCUGCCACGCAUGAACCGCCUGACGGACAUGUACAACGCCGUCUCGGUGAAGCACCAGGUUCCCCUGGGCGGCGAGGACCUCGACAAGUACGACGGGGCGCCGUUUCUGACCCGCGCCAGCGGCCGGGAGGAGUUCCGCAGCCUGGCCGGCGGCGAGGCGCAGGUCGAGUGCGCCGCGCCCGGGGAGCCCGUCUGGUGCGACGAUGCCGGCGUCACUUGCCGCCGCUGGAACUGGCGGCAGGGCCCGCGGACGGCGCUGACUGACGAUACGACGCGCGUGCUGUUUAUCCUGGAUGCGCUGGGGCCGCUUUCGGAUGAGGCUUUGGGGAGGGCCGCCGAGGAGCUUGCUCUGGCGUUGGGGCGGUUGUCUCCGGAGGUGCGGGUUGCGCAGAGAAUGCUGAGUGCUUUGGAUGCAGCCGGGGGUGGUUCGUGA